AUGGGAUUUUCAAAAAAUUUCUCCAAUCAAAAAAGGAACACAAAAAAACCAAAAAAAAACUUAAUUAAUGAGCGGAAAAGAGAGAGAAAGAGAAAGAAGAAUAAGAAGUGA